AUGCACUGCAGACCUCCGAGAGAGUAAUGUGCACUGUCUUGUUCUUGUAUCAGUCUGUGAGAGAUUAAAACCCACUUGUAAACUGAUUAGCAAACUGAUAAAUUACGUGAUAUACAACGUGGUGAACCGAUAAGCCGCCAGAACAGUGUCGAGUCAGAAGUGAGGGCCGCAUAGCAAAGAACGUGGUGUCUCUCACGUACUGUACUUACCUUUAAAGGGUGAAAUUUCUCCCGGUGUAGUGUGCUGUGCUUUGUGCGUUGAACUUUACCAUCCACGACUCCUCGAUGGUAUUAAUAUUUGAAGGGGACGUUAUUCUACGGAAAGGAAUGAUCAAGUUACCGCAACCUAAAGGAAAGGAGUGCCUCUUUGGAAUGAAAAUUGGCCCAGCCCGAAUAUUGGAGAGAGAACAAGUGAGAGAGACCUGGGACCGUUAGAGGAGAGCUUCCUCGUGCACCAUUCCAUUACUUGCAGCAGCUGGUGAAAGGAUCACCAUGCCUCCCCGCAAGACAGCGACAGCUAAGAGUGGCUCUAAAGGGGCUGCUGCAACCAAGAGUGGAUCCAAGGGUGCCCCCAAGAAGAGGGUGGCAGCCAAUGGCUUCAAGCUGCCUGAUCCCAUUGCCCCUGGCGUGGUGGUCAAAGAUGUUGCCAAACAAAACUGGAAGAUUGGCAAGAGCAUCGGUGUGGGUGGUUUUGGUGAGAUCUAUCUGGCGUCCAGUAACACGGAGGAUCCAGUGGACAUUGGUGCAGAGUAUGUCAUCAAGGUUGAGCCACACAGCAAUGGCCCACUCUUUGCUGAGAUGCACUGCUACAUGAGGCUGGCCAGGCCGGAACACAUAGAAGGGUGGAAAAAGGAGAAGCGGCUAAAACGUCUUGGGAUGCCCAAAUUUUUUGGUUCUGGCUCCUUUGAGUACAACAACCACAAGUACAGGUUCAUGGUGAUGGAGCGCUUUGGCAAUGACCUCCAGAAGAUCCUAGAGCACCAUAGCAAGAGAUUGUCCUUCAAAACUGUCUACCAAGUGGGGAUCCAAAUUCUGGAUGUGCUGGAGUACAUCCAUAGCAAGGAAUAUGUGCAUGCAGACAUCAAGGCAUCCAAUCUUCUUGUUGGCCACAAACCGGGCACAGAGAACCAAGUCUUCCUGGUGGACUUUGGGUUGGCACGCUACUAUGCCAAUGAGGGACGCCACAAGGAGUACAAGUAUGACCAGCGGAAGGCCCAUGAUGGUACUAUAGAGUUCACCUCCAGGGAUGCCCACAUUGGUGCUCACUCGCGGCGAGGUGAUCUUGAAAUUCUUGGCUACAACAUGACGCAGUGGCUCUGUUCUCGCCUGCCCUGGGAGGACAAUCUUCAGGACUGUAACAAUGUGUUUGCCCAGAAGAGGAAGUGCAUGGAGAACAUUAGUGCGUUCAUCUCACAGUGUUUUCCUGACACUGUUCCUCAAGGUCUGCAAGAAUACCUAGAAUAUGUGGUCAGUCUAGCCUUUGAUGAGAAGCCUGACUACGAGCGUUGCCGCAACAUUCUGAGGGAGGGGUUAAGGGCAAGGGGAUACAGGGAUGACGGGAAGCUGGUAUUCACCUCAGCCACCCCUGUCCCUCCCUCCCGCAAACCCAAAUCUCGCCAGGGUCGCAAGAAAACAUUCAAGAGGCGUUCAGAGGAGGAGGAAAACUUAGGUGAUGUCACUCCCAAGAAGGUGAUGAGAGCUUCUAACAUCUCCCCCUGCAGGCCAAGAAACAGAGUGAACACCAGGACUUGUCCAAGGACAUCCAUGCUGGGAAUCAGUCUGAGCAAACCAUGCCAGAUGGACCUUUCCUCUGCUGACUCUCCAGACGUCAUGAUCGAGAAGGAAAAUCAGAGGAUGCGUGCCCGGAAACAAAGCCAGAGACCAAAACGGCUGGCCAUUGUGAAGGAUACUUCCCUGGACAACCCAACACCCCAGAUGGUGGAGAUCAUGAAUAAGAUAAGGGAAAAGUCUGCCUCUCCACCCGUCUGUCAAAAACGUCACCGGCACAAUAGUAAUUGUCAUGGGAGCAGGAGUCCUGUAGGUGAAGAAGUUCCCACACAGUUCACUCCAGCCAUGGAGGAGGUGAUGCGGCGGCGUGCAGAGAGACUCAGUAGCUCAGACAGUGAAACAGAUGGCUACAUAAGCUCCUGUAGUGCUGGCUCCCCACAGAUGUUUGAAAUGUCAGAGUCAGAAGAUUCUAAUGAUGCCACCGUGUAUUACUCCCCCACCGCCACCUCUCCGCCGUGUGCACUACCACAAGGCUCCAUUGUGGCAAAAAAUAACAAAGGGACCACCAAAGGACCUAACUUGGUGUCCCCACGGGAAUUGGCAGACCUGCUUGAGUCAGCCCAGUUGGUGAGAUCCACGACCACUCAGACCUACCCAGGAGUGAGAGUUACACGCAGUGCAUCUAGACAGACUUCCCCAGAACUGUCCCCAGAACUAUUUUAAGGGGAAAAAGUGAGUGCAUUCAUGUGUGUCUGUGAAUAGAAAGUGAUAUAUGGAACAACAGAAAUGUGAUGGUGCUUGCCAAGGAAAUGGUUUUGUGAAUAGUGUGAGGAACUGAAGCUAAUGUUCCGAGGUGGGCAACCUGCACAUUCAGGGAGAGAUUAUGUGAAAUUGGGGUUCUGAAACUCCCCCCAACUGGGCUGUGUGGCAACAUGACACUUGGUGCUGCUUCAUUUUUUUUUAUUAUUUAUUUAUUUUUUAAAUGCUUAUGUAGUGACAACCUUUUGAAGAACGGUUUUGACCAAGAUUCCUACUAAAUACUAAGAAGUCAGUGGACCAGCCUGCGUGAAGCAUUGACGUACAUAAUAAAAAUGUUUGUUGUACAUAUUUUCUAAUUUUACUUCACUUUUGGUUGAUUCACUUCAGAAUGUCAAUUUGUGGCUGCCAUCAUCAUUCAUCAUCUCAAAGUAUCACUUCAGUUUUUAAAUUAUUUCAUAUCAUUGUCACUCAUUGUCCUUCAUCUGGGGUUCCAUGUGCUGUUACGAGGAAAGUUUAUAUUUUAUGGAAUAUUUUUGUUUGAAUUAGGUGAGCUUCUUAGCCUCCACAGUGAGAGCUGUGAUGUGUCCUUUAUUCUUGAACUGUUUUAGAGUGACUGCUGCACCGUGAUGAAGCAACUCUGACCAAGGCUGUGAUGGAUCUAGGAAAGCAGAGCUAUUUUGUACACUUGAGUCUACUGGCAUUAUGUUUACUGCUUCUUUGAGGCAUUAUUGGAGGCAAGGUGAACUUGCUGAAUAGCCAAUAAUUCUUUUUUAAUGACACAUUAGCAUUGUUUUCAGGAGAGGAUAUAUAUACUAGUAGGUUGUGCAGUAUGUUCAGUCAUUUGUAACUUUUGUUUUUCUUUUCCAAAGGACUUAUUUGUGUGAAUUUUAAAUACUGGCUAGAACUUAUUCAGUGGUUGUAUAUUACUGUGUCAAGUCACUUAUUAGUCAAAUGAUUUGUGAACCUCCAGAUAAUUGUUGACUGCAAAGUAAUGUUAGUAUUAUUACUAUUCAUUACUCUUUCCUUUGACUCCAAGAUCUCAUAAAGUUCAUGUUGUGUUUGCUCAAAGCUGCGGCUCCCAACUCAGUCAUUACUGGUUUUUAUUCCACUGUAUAGUGUACAUUUCAUUAUGAAAAAAUAAAGUGUUUUAAGUAAAAA